CGUUUUCUAGGACACAGCAGCAAGAAGAGAGCUGGGGAGAGAACUGCUCUGAACAAACAAACUUUACAAAGGCUCAGUCGGACUUUGAGAACGAAUACGCUGAGGACCAGUUAGCUGUUAGCCAGAAACUCCUGUUAACACUGACAUUAUACAGUUUUUGGCAGCACAGUAGUUUGAUCUGCCUCUGCCAAGAACAUUGAAAUCAUGGCUGAUCCAGAACAAAAGGAUUUGGAAGAAGAGGUAAAGCCCUUGAGGAUUAUGCUCCUUGGGAAGAGUGGAGCAGGCAAGAGCUCGAGUGGGAACACAAUCCUCGGUAGACACGUGUUUGAAUCAGACAUGAAGCUGACGAGAGUCACUCAACAUUGUGAAAAGGAAGUUGGGACUGUUGGGAACGUGCCUGUUGAUGUGAUCGACACACCAGGGCUUUUUGAGACAGACCGCAACAAGGUGGACAUUGUCCGAAAUAUUCUGCAGCGUGUGGGACUCCUUGAACCAGGACCUCACGCCUUUGUAUAUGUGGUCCCUGUAGGAAGGAUGACUCAGGAAGAUCAAGAUACCAACACACUGAUCGAAACGAUGUUUGGCCCGAGAGUGUGGGACUACACCAUCGUGCUGUUCACCCAUGGGGAUCGUCUGGAUGGAAAAACAAUCAAUGACAUCAUUUCUGAAAGUGAUAGCAACCUCCGCAACUUCAUACGCAAGUGCAGUGGUGGCUUCCAUGUCUUCAACAACAAAAACCCAGAGAACGUGGACCAGGUGACAAGCUUCGUGGAAAAGAUCCAGACCCUGGUGGCCCUGAAUGGAGGAACUCAUUAUGAAACAAAGCUGUAUCCCGAAAAGGAGAGGAAGAUCAGGGAGAGACAAGAGAGCAUCCUGAAGGAGAGAGGUGAAGAGAUCAGCCGCAAGGAGAGGCAGCUGCUGGAUCGCUACAAGGGGGAGGAGCUGGAGAUGAUGAAGAAGGAGCUGUGGAGAAAAGAGGAGCACAGCGCAAGACUGGCUGCAGAGAAGGAGACAGGCUCGAGUAAUCUGACAUACCUCCUGGUCCUGUUAGCAGUGGGUCUACUGAUAGGUUUUGCUCUUCGGGUGCCCUCUGUGUGGCUACUAGGACUAACAGUCAUUUGGAUUGGUAUUUUCUGUAAGGAGUUUCCAAACCUUUCCAGAAAAAUACCAAUGCUUACUAAGAAAACCGAAUACCAGUUUUCUAGGGCACAGCAGCAGUCGGACUUUGAGAACAAAUACGCUGAGGGCCAGUUAGCUAACAUUGAAAUCAUGGCUGAUCCAGAACAAAAGGAUUUGGAAGAAGAGGUAAAGCCCCUGAGGAUUAUGCUUCUUGGGAAGAGUGGAGCAGGCAAGAGCUCGAGUGGGAACACAAUCCUCGGUAUACACGUGUUUGAAUCAGACAUGAAGCUGACGAGAGUCACUCAACAUUGUGAAAAGGAAGUUGGGACUGUUGGGAACGUGCCUGUUGAUGUGAUCGACACACCAGGGCUUUUUGAGACAGACCGCAACAAGGUGGAAAUUGUUCGAGACAUUCUGCAGCGUGUGGGACUCCUUGAACCAGGACCUCACGCCUUUGUAUAUGUGGUCCCUGUAGGAAGGAUGACUCAGGAAGAUCAAGAUACCAACACACUGAUCGAAACGAUGUUUGGCCCGAGAGUGUGGGACUACACCAUCGUGCUGUUCACCCAUGGGGAUCGUCUGGAUGGAAAAACAAUCACUGACAUUAUUUCUGAAAGUGAUGACAACCUCCGCAACUUCAUACGCAAGUGCAGUGGUGGCUUCCAUGUCUUCAACAACAAAAACCAAGAGGACGUGCACCAGGUGACAAGCUUCGUGGAAAAGAUCCAGACCCUGGUGGCCCUGAAUGGAGGAACUCAUUAUGAAACAAAGCUGUAUCCCAAAAAGGAGAGGAAGAUCAGGGAGAGACAGGAGAGCAUCCUGAAGGAGAGAGGUGAAGAGAUCAGCCUUAAGGAGAGGCAGCUGCUGGAUAGUUACGACGGGGAGGAGCUGGAGAUGAUGAAGAAGGAGCUGUGGAGAAAAGAGGAGCACAGCGCAAGACUGGCUGCAGAAUGGAAGACUAGCCUGAUGAAUCUGACAUACCUCCUGGUCCUCGUACCAGUGAGUGUACUGAUUACUGCCCUAGGCGUUUACCGUAAAUAGAAAACAGAAAUAAUAUUUUUCAUUUCAUUAAAUCCAGAAAUUAACUGCACACCUCUUGUUCCCCAAAGCUCAGCAAAUAGAGGAAAUAAGCCUGCUGCAUUUUAGGUGAGUGAGUGGGUGGAAUCAAGAGGGG